AUGGGCGGGCAGGGAGGAUUAGGUGGGCUGCUAUUGAAGCAGCUCAGACCGGCGAAGUUGUUGUUCCACUUCCUCUUUUGGGGAUUUCACUUCGGCAUCUUCGCACUUGGAUGGUACCUACAAUACAGCAACGAGAAGCUGGCUCCUCUCAACCUGUUACAAUAUUCAGUAUGGAUAUCCCGAGGCGCCGGUCUAGUUCUCAGUGUCGAUUGUACGCUUAUCCUCAUCCCGGUGUGUCGCACCAUCGUGCGAUUCUUCCGCCCCAAGCUGCGGUUCCUACCCCUGGACGAGAAUAUUUGGUUUCAUCGGCAGGUAGCGUACGCGACUCUCGUUUUCACCAUCAUCCAUACUGCUGGCCACUACGUCAACUUCUACAAUGUUGAGCUCACCCAAGUUCGAGCCGAAGCUGCCGUCCAAAUUCACUAUGCUCAGGCUGGAGGCAUCACCGGCCAUGUUAUGCUCUUCUGUAUGUUGCUCAUGUACACAACAGCCCACUACCGCAUCCGCCAGCAGUCAUUUGAGACCUUCUGGUACACCCACCAUCUCUUCAUCCCCUUUCUCCUGGCUCUCUAUACCCAUACUACAGGUUGCUUCGUCCGUGAUUCUGUCGAGCCUAUUUCGCCCUUCGCAGGAAAGGAGUACUGGCAACACUGCAUCGGAUAUCUAGGUUGGAGAUGGGAGCUUAUCGCCGGUGGUUUCUACUUUGCCGAGCGCAUAUGGCGUGAAGUGCGAUCUCGCCGCGAGACCAAGAUUACCCGCGUUGUCCGUCACCCUUACGAUGUCGUCGAGAUCCAGUUCUCCAAGCCUUCCUUCAAGUACCGCGCUGGCCAGUGGCUCUUUCUCCAAGUGCCUUCCAUUUCCAAGCACCAGUGGCACCCCUUCACGAUCACCUCGUGCCCUUACGACCCCUACGUCUCGAUCCACGUACGUCAGGUUGGAGACUUCACCCGUGAGCUUGGUGACGCUCUUGGUGCGGGUUCUGCUCAGGCCAAGAUGUAUGAUGACGUGGACCCCCUGGGUAUGUACGAAAUCGCCUUGGUGAAUGGACAGGAGAUGCCCUCGAUCCGCAUCGAUGGGCCCUUCGGUGCCCCCGCCGAGGACGUGUUCCAGAACGAAAUCGCUGUUCUCAUCGGCACCGGCAUUGGCGUCACACCCUGGGCGUCCAUCCUCAAGAACAUCUGGCACCAGCGCAACUCUCCCAAUGCCCCUACCCGCCUCCGCCGUGUAGAGUUCAUCUGGGUCUGCCGCGACACGGGCUCCUUCGAAUGGUUCCAGAACCUCCUCGCCUCCCUCGAGGAGCAGUCCAACGACGCAGCCCGCGCCGAGGGCGCAAACGGGGUCGAGUUCCUCAAGAUCCACACCUACCUCACCCAGAAGCUCGACGUCGACACGGCCCAGAACAUCAUGCUCAACAGUGUCGGUGCCGAUGCGGACCCUCUCACCGAGCUCAAGUCCCGCACAAACUUUGGCCGUCCCAACUUCAAGCAGAUCUUCACCAACAUGCGCGAAGGUAUCGAGAACAAGACGUACAUGAAUGGCCUCCAGGGCCAGACAAACACCACCGUCGGUGUCUAUUUCUGCGGUCCUUCCGUUGCAGCGCGAGAUAUCAAGUCUGCAUGCAAAGCCGCCCAGUCAAGCCGAGUACACUUCCCGUUCUGGAAAGAGCAUUUCUAA